AGCAACCAAGAGAUGCGCGUCGCGGAACGCCAUGAAGCUCCCUUGUGCUCCGCCACAAGUGUCAACGUGAGUGCGACAUGCACAUACUCCUUCUCUGCCACUUGCCAUUUCCAGGAAACCACCGCUUGCCUUUGCCUAUAUAUGCUCCCCGUCUCCAUUCCCCUUCUUCUUAAACAGGCUCCAUCCACCGAUCGAUCAAAACCUCUCAACACAGCCGCUGAUUCUUCCAGUACUCCUGCUCCACACCUCCCACGAGCGUCUCCGCCAGCUCUCGACUCAGAUGGACGUCGCCGACAUCGCCUCCCCGUCUGGCCAGCAGGGGCAUCGGGGACACCGGACGGUGUCGUCGGAGCCGCCGAAGCGCCCCGCGGGGCGGACCAAGUUCCACGAGACGCGCCACCCUCUGUACCGCGGCGUGCGGCGCCGUGGCCGCGUCGGGCAGUGGGUGUGCGAGGUGCGCGUGCCUGGGAUCAAGGGCUCCAGGCUCUGGCUCGGCACCUUCAACACGGCCGAGAUGGCGGCGCGCGCGCACGACGCCGCUGUGCUCGCGCUCAUCGGCCGCGCCGCCUGCCUCAACUUCGCCGACUCCGCAUGGCGCAUGCUGCCCGUGCUCGCGGCCGGGUCGUUCGGUUUCGGCAGCGCGAGCGAGAUCAAGGCCGCCGUCGCCGUGGCCGUCGUCGCGUUCCAGCGGAAGCAGAUUAUUCCGGUCGCCGUCGCCGUCGUGGCGCUCCAGCAGCAGCAGGUUCCGGUCGCCGUCGCCGUCGUGGCGCUCCAGCAGAAGCAGGUUCCGGUCGCCGUGGCCGUCGUGGCGCUCCAGCAGCUGCAGGUUCCGGUCGCCGUGGCCGUCGUGGCGCUCCAGCAGCAGCAGAUUAUUCUUCCAGUCGCGUGCCUGGCGCCGGAGUUUUACAUGUCUUCCGGCGACCUGUUGGAGCUUGACGAGGAGCAGUGGUUUGGCGGCAUGGACGCCGGGUCGUACUACGCGAGCUUGGCGCAGGGGAUGCUCGUGGCGCCGCCGGACGAAAGAGCGAGGCCGGAGCACGGCGAGCAGAGCGGCGUCCAGACGCCGCUAUGGAGCUGCUUGCUCGACUAAUUUAGAACUACUUUCAAGUUGUAGAUUUAGGAAGAAACAUACUAGGCAGUUUGUUCCUUCAUUUGUAGUAGUAUUUGUGGAGUUCCCGGUUUCUACUUUUGGGGAGAAGGGCUAGAUUGCUUAAUACACCAAUUAUUGGUUCUGAA